GAACCAAGUUGUACUAGUUAUCAUGUUGAGACUGGUUAGAGGAGGAAGAAAGGCUGCCACCGUUGCCGCCGCGCAGGUGAUGCGUACUGCCGGCGUUUGUAGAACCACCCUGAUCCGUUCCUUUUCAUACACCUCGAAUGAAAAUGCAACCACCUUUGAAUCUCCAUCCAACUUUGGAUCAUACAAGAACAACAUUUACACCCAUAGAUUGCCCGAAUCGACCGCUGAACAAUCGCCAGACCUUGUGGCCUUGCGUGCAAGAUUGGCUCUCCCACCACAGUUUUCGUUCUCCACGCUUUCGCAGGCGCUUAACAUGGAGCAAAAGGAAGGACUUGCCAAUAACUUUGGUCUCAAUACUUUGGGAAAAUCCCUCUUGUCAUACUACGUUUCCGAAUACCUUCUUGUCAAGUACCCAAGACUCCCCAUGCCAAUCCAUAACCAAGCUGUAGACGCCUACAUGGGUGUUGAUCUGUUGCACUCCAUUGGUAAGUCUUGGGGGAUCCAAGCCGAUAGAAACUCCUCUUUAGAGAAAUACUUGGCCCAAGAACCAUUCUACGUUAAGUACGGUAAGUUGAGAUAUCUCAAUGAACUGCAAAGACAGGCUGUCAAGGAGGAAGGUGUGAUAGAACUUACUGACCGUGAGGCUGCUGCUGCCUCCGCCAACAGCGCUACUGGCGGAAAAUACAUCCCACAAGAGUCUGAAGCCUAUGCUCUGGCUGUUAGAGCCAUCGUUGGUGGUCUCUACACUCACUGUGGUGAAGAAACAACCAAGCAAUUCAUCAAAGACCACAUUCUCUCCAGAAAGCUUCCAAUCGACCAAAUGUUCCAAUUCCUGCAACCUAUGCGUGAACUCGUCAGAUUGAGCGAAAAGCUCGGUUUCAAAGAACCAGUAGAAGUCAGAUUGGUUGCAGAAACCGGGAGACUUACAUCUCACCCAAUCUUUGUCACAGCCGUAUUUGUCGGCACCGAGAAGCUCGGUGAAGGUGUUGGAGGUUCGCUUGCCGAAGCCAAGACCAGAGCUGCUGUUAACUCGUUGAUGGGCUACUACUUGUACUCUCCCAUGGCUGCCGAAGGUGACGCCGAAUUGAAGGUUCCUAGUGAUGAGGGAUACAAGUUCCAAGGGGUUGUUGGUCUUGGUGACGUCGCAAUUUAAAACUGUAAAUAGAUACUUAAUGCACAAGUGGCUUUCAUAGCCGUACA